AUCUAUAUAAUUUUAAUGUAUUUUCAGGUGUAGGUAAUAGAACAUUAAAAUAUGGCAUAUAACCGUCCAUAUAUAGAACAUAAUGUAAACCCAAUGUUCCAACACCGGGGUAAUCAGCCUGUACCUCCCAACAUGAUGCCAGGCAACUUUUUUGGCCAACCAAGACAAAUAAGCAAUAAUCAACCUGAUUUACCAAUAAGACAAAACUUCUUCAGUGGCCAGAAUCCCUAUCCCAUAGUUAGACAAACCAUGCCACCCCAUCAGAUGCAUGGACCUGCUAACUCAAUGGUAAACAGAAUGCCUUUUAUGGCUGAGGAACCAAUAAUGGGACAAAACAUGCAAUGUUUUGGAGGACCAAUGCAAAAUCAACAAACACCUUCGCAUUUUAGAAUGAGGGGUAUGCACACCAACCGGAACAGGUUUAUGAACAGACCUCAACCACCACCAAACCAAAACCAUGAUAUGAAUGUAUUUAACAAUGUUCGAAUGACACAUCAAAUGAUGGGUGACAAGUUCCCUGUCCAGAGCUUCACACACCAGUCAUGGAAUUGCCCCAUGAACACCCAAACUUUUCAGAGUGGUGUAAAAAGACCUGAAGUAGCUUCGCAAACAGGACGAUUUUGCAAAAAUUUCCAGAAUUCGUCAACUCAGUCCAGUGAUGCGCUGGUUGUGGAAGGUUUUUUAAAAAAGAUUGAGAAACACACGAAUAAUUUAAGCAAAGUUAGUGCAAAAGAAGAUAUAACAUCAAAGCCACAAGACAUAAAGAUAUGUGAAGCUCAGCGUUUACGACGAAAAGCUGAUGAAUUGCUUGAAAAACUUGAAUCAAUUAACGAAAGUGGGAAAUUAUUCAAUGCAGAAUCUGCUGCUAUAUACAAAAAGGAGCUGGAUACAAUUUUAACAACUCUUUCCAAUGAGGCCGUGAUUAAGGGAUUAAAAAAGAAAAUCGAACAACGUAGAAAACGUAGGUUAAGAAUUAAGAAAAAGAAACACUCAGUUUAUCUCGUUGAGAAAGAAAGGAGAGAACGAAUUGAGGAGAAACAUUCCCAAAUUGAAGAUUGGUUAAAAUCGGAAAAAGUAAAACAUGAAACGCAGUUACGAGAUAAUGAGAUGCAGCGACAAUUGGAUGAAGCUUUGACUGAAGUUCGAAAGGAGGAAUCUACUUUAAACAAAUCUGUUGAUCUUAUAAAUGCUCUCGAUAAGCUAAGAAAGGCUAGACUUCAAACACUUAAGUCAUCAGGUAGAGAAGUUCCAUCUGAUGUUAUGACGAACAACUUCCAUGAUUUGGUGGAAAUUACAAAGAAAAAACUUCAAAGUCAAAUUUUGAAUGUCGAGAAAAAAUCCAACGCUCUGAAAAUGUUCGUGGAGACAGAACAGAAAGAAGUCCGAAGUCUUCUGAUGAAGCAGAAGAAGAUAAAGGAAGAGAAACGAAGAAAAAAUUGGGAAGAUGAGAGAAAACAAAAUCUGUUUGGAAAGUUUGAAUUAGAGUUGGACGCUUUUGACCCAAUGUGGCCGGUACAUCAGUUACAUCAACAAUCUCAAGUUGAUGUUAACACGCUCGUGGAAUACAGACGACAAUGGGAUCAGUUUAUAAAUAACGAGGGAAGUGAAAUCCCAAUAAAUUGGGUUGAACCCGUUCAAUCUCCGAGUGAACAAUGGAAGAAAUAUUCCGUCGAAUGUAACUCGGUCGAUCAAAAGUUGCCGCAAUAACUGUUGUGUGUUUGCAAAUGCAGACAUAUCCUUUUGUAUCCUCUUAUUUGUGAAUUAAAAAACCUAAAAAAAUAUUCACCCACAAAGUAACAUAUUUGGUAACUCGUAAGCUGGCAUGAGGUGUAUGAAACAGAACACCUGUGUUAUAACGACUGAUGUUUUUUGGGCACCCGAGAUAAAGUAAGUUGCAUUCAUCUACAUAUUUUAUGAUAAGUUUUAUUGUGGAGUUAGUAGAAAGAAAUUGAAAUGCAUGAGAAAUACUAAUACUAGUGUUUGAUUCGGAUUCUUGUUUAUUAAAAAACGGUAUGCCAAAUGUAUUAGGUGAAUUUACACUGUUUGCAGAUGUUUUGCGAAAUUCCUUUCAGAUUUUUUGAGAAAAUUUUGUUUUAAAUUUUUUGAGAACAUUUCAUUUGAGAUUUUGUGGAAAAUUUGUUUUAGAUUUUUGAAGAAAAUUCAUUUUCAUUCUUCAUUAUGUGUUAUCUAAUUCCAGGCUUUUUUGUUACAUGCUUAUUAAAAGCAAUUGCACUGUGUUA